CGAGGUGGCGCUUCUGCGUGUUGCUGAUACAAACAAAGCUUUAAAGAUCCCUUUCCAUGCGCAUGUCAGGAUUUAAAGGUCCCUCCCUUUAUCAUAAAUAAACACUUGACAAUCGACGAAUCAUCAUGGCGGACGCGGUAGACACGGACGACUUUGCCGACGCCUUCAGGGCGUAUGCCACCCAAGACAACACCGAGGGCACGGGUAAGGAGAUGACCAGGGAGAACUUUGUCAAGAUGUGCAAGGACUGCAAGGUCAUCGACGGCAAGAAGGUCACUGAGACGGACGUCGACAUCGUCUUCUCCAAAGUCAAGGACAAGUCUGCCAGUACGAUCACGGUGGAGAAAUGCAAGACGGCCCUGGAGGAGCUGGUUACCAAAGGAUUCCCUAAGGACUUCGAUUGCGAGGAGAGCAACCGGGUGGACCCGUUGACAGACCCGGAGAACCUGAUGAAACUAAUUCUCAGUCGACGUCGUUAUCGUGAAGAAGACCUCAGCGCUUACGGCCCGAAGUCGCAGGCGGGUCUGACGGACCUCUCCACGUACACCGGCUCAGCCAAGGGCCGCUUCGGCGUCGAGCCCGGCAAGGGUAGGGGGAUCGAGGGGCGCGAGCACGUCGAGCCCGGAGGGGGUUACGGUCUUGGUUACAAUGACGCAGGCACCGAUGACGCGUCCGGCAAGGGCAGGGGGAUCGAGGGGCACAAGGACGUGACCAAGAACACGGAUUACGUCGCACCUCCCGCAGGCACCUACGAUAAAAAGGUCAAGGAAUAAACCCAUCCCACGGAUUUUCAGGGUGGGUGCCACAAGCGCUGUAGCGUCAAACCAUAGCACAUUAGUAAAAGAAAACUUGAGCCAAUUGUACACAAUGCUUUUUGUGGCGCCAUGUCACGAUAGCUCACAUUUAUCUGCAGGGAAACUUAUAUCCGUUGUUUAAAAAAACGUAUCUGCACCUGUAUCUAUAUAGCCGGUAUAUAAUCGCCGUUC